GUUGUCAAGGAAGGAGUGUUUUGUUCUACCGCCCGCCCAAUAGUUGAAGAGAAGCAAAUAAAAACUGCUUACUCCAUCGUGGAACUGGAGGAAAAGCAAGCAAGCGUAGGAGUGUAAAAGAAAUGAGAUCAUCAGCAGCAAAAGCAAAAGCAAAAGGAAAAGGAAUCGAAUGGAUCGAGGGAGACGAGAGCGCCAAAGAAAUGCUGGCUAGGGUUCUGAGGGAGCGACCCUUGUUGCUUAUCCCUCCUCUCCACAGGGUCCCUCUGCGCGUCGGCAACGUCGUCGAGAUCGUUGGGCCCUCUCCUUCGGCCAAAACCCAGAUCUUGAUUGAGGCCGCAAUUAGUUGUAUUCUUCCUAAAGAAUGGAAUGGUGUGCACUAUGGAGGCUUGGAGCGUUUAGUGAUGUUCUUCGAUUUGAACUGUCGAUUCGAUAUUGUACGCCUCUCACAAUCGUUAAAGCAUCGAAUAGUGGAAUGUAAUGGAUCAAGAAUCAAUUUAACUUGCGAGCAAAAUGAUGUUAACGUUUCUAAGUAUAAUUUGAAGGAGCCACGUAUUGGAUAUGACAAGGAAUUGUUUGCAGCAUGCAUGAGACGGUUCUUGCAUGUUCGUUGUUAUGAUAGUAUGGAAUUUCUUUCAACUCUUAAGACAUUGCAUUAUCAACUUCAGAAGGAGAAAGAAGCUCAUGGUGUCGGAGUGCAUUUUCUUAUGAUUGACAGUAUUGGAGCUUUUCACUGGAUUGAUCGUGCUUCAACGUCUUUACCACUAACUGGCAAAAGCAGGAAAAGCUUCUCUUUUCAAAAUGUGUCAGAAACUGUUGUUCAAGAGAUCCGAAAGCUUCUGCUGGUGCAUCCCAUGCUUGUUUUAGCUACAAAAGCGGCUAAUUUAGGUGACAAAUAUUCAACAAAGGAAGUUAACAGGUAUUCAAGAAAAUGGCCUUCACAAAAUGUCUCAAAUUCGAGAACUAUAAGAAGUGAUCCUGAAAAACUGUCGUAUCGUGAAUAUAUGCCUGCUGUCUGGCAGUCCUUUGUUACACACAGAAUACUUGUGCGAGCUUCAGAUGAUGGUGGUAGUAGUAAUCAAAACCACCCUAUCUAUUUAUCAGAAUGGUUGUUGCCGCCACUAAGUUUGGUUAAUAAAUUUAUAAUUCGAGAUCUUGCAGGCUGGCGUGUUAAUUAUAUCAUGAAGUGCAUAUUGCCGCCGCUAAGUUUGGUCAAAAAUUAUUUCAUAUUGCCCUAUGUCACUUAUUCUCAUUACCUUUUUAUAUGAAUUUUGGUUGAAUUUAUGUUUUAUUUUAUUUAUAUAUUUUUAAUUUUUGAUAGGAAAACACUUACAAACCCACAAUGCCCUUUAAGGGCUUGAACUCUCGACCUUCUCCUUUAUAAGGUGAAAAAGUACCUUAAAAAUAUAUUUAAAAAACCUUUUGUGACU